AUGAGGAGUGGGUUGCAAACAAAGGAGAUGGUGAAUGAGCAGGAAAAUCAAAUGAUCACUGAUGAUAGCUUACAAGAGAAUACAGAAGUGGAAGAUAAAGAAAAAGAAAAAGAUGCUAGUAAAGAUAUUCGUGUAGAGAAGAAGACUAUACCUUUACCCUUUCCACAUAAGAUUAUGCCGAAGUAUGUGAAAUACUUAAAGGAUAUUUUUUCUAAUAAGAAUUGGCUAGUGGAAUAUGAUGCUGUUGCACUUACUCAGGAGUGCACAUCUAAAAUUCAGAAUAAAUUACCCACAAAAUUAAAGGAUCCUAGGAGUUUCACAUUGCAGAUUACCCUUGGUCACACUAUUUAUGCAUGUGGGUUGUGUGACUUGGGGGAUAGCAUAAAUCUCAUGCCCACGUCAUAG